CUUUCUCUAUCCUUUUCCUUCUGCUCCUUCCUUGUCUUGCUUCCAAGUUCCAUUUUUUAUAUAAAUUCCAUUUUCUCGAACUGCUCCCUCCUUUUUUUUUUUCGUUUCGUUUUUUUCUUUUUUGGUUUGUUUUGCUAUUAGAAUACUAUAUCUUCCUCCACACCCAACAGCUGAACUUGCUUUCUGCCUCACCCUUCGCCAAUCCGCCAAAUCUAGCCCCCCUACAUCCAUCUCCGCACUUCUGAAAAAGAUCCCCUUCGCCGCUUUCCGUCUCCUUUUCCCAGUCUUUUGUAACAGAAAAUAUGGGCCUACUCUGCAGCAGAAACCGUCGAUAUAAUGAUGCUGAUACUGAAGAAAAUGCACAGGCUGCUGAAAUUGAAAAAAGAAUAGAGCAAGAAACAAAGGCCGAAAAGCAUAUUCAGAAACUUCUACUACUUGGUGCUGGAGAGUCAGGGAAGUCUACAAUCUUUAAACAGAUAAAACUCUUGUUUCAAACUGGCUUUGACGAGGCGGAGCUCAAGAGCUAUGCACCAGUCAUUCAUGCUAAUGUGUAUCAGACAAUAAAAAUAUUGCAUGAUGGAUCAAAGGAAUUGGCUCAGAAUGAAACUGAGUCUUCAAAGUAUGCGAUAUCCAAUGAAAACAAGGAUAUUGGAGAGAAACUCUCAGAAAUAGGAGGUAGGUCGGAUUACCCACGUCUCACCAAGGAGCUUGCACAGGAAAUAGAGACUUUAUGGAAAGAUGCUGCAAUUCAGGAAACACAUGUCCGUGGUAAUGAGCUCCAAGUUCCAGAUUGUGCCAAUUAUUUCAUGGAAAAUUUACAGAGACUGUCUGAUGCUGAUUAUGUUCCAACAAAGGAGGAUGUUCUGUAUGCAAGAGUCCGUACCACUGGCGUUGUGGAGAUUCAGUUCAGUCCAGUUGGGGAAAACAAGAAAAGUGGUGAGGUAUAUAGGCUCUUUGAUGUUGGAGGCCAGAGAAAUGAGAGGAGAAAAUGGAUUCAUUUGUUUGAAGGAGUUACUGCUGUAAUAUUCUGCGCUGCUAUAAGCGAGUAUGAUCAAACACUUUUUGAGGAUGAAAACAAGAACAGAAUGAUGGAGACGAAGGAACUUUUUGAGUGGGUCCUAAAGCAACCAUGUUUUGAGAAAACAUCCUUCAUGUUAUUUUUAAACAAGUUUGACAUAUUCGAGAAGAAGAUCCUAAAAGUCCCACUUAAUGUAUGCGAAUGGUUUAAAGAUUACCAGCCAGUUUCCUCUGGGAAACAAGAGAUCGAGCAUGCAUACGAGUUUGUGAAGAAAAAAUUCGAGAAAUUGUAUUUUCAGAGCACAGCACCUGAUCGUGUGGAUCGCGUCUUUAAAAUAUAUCGGACCACUGCCCUGGAUCAAAAGCUUGUGAAGAAGACUUUCAAGCUUGUGGAUGAGUCAUUGAGGCGGAGGAAUCUCUUUGAAGCGGGGUUAUUAUGACCGAGAGGCAACAUAUUAGGGGAUGAAGUAAUCCUUACGGUGGAAGAGGUCGUCAGAUUUUGGGUAUAUUAGGGGAGAGGUAUACUAAAUAUUUAAUCCAAUUUGUUGAUUUUUAAGCGCAGGUAAUUAAUGUUGUUGAAUGGGGGUAUAUCUUAAGGUCAAAUUAGUCGAAUUGAAGCUUCUCAGAAACGACAUCAUGAUUUGUGAAUUGUGAUUAUCUUUCGAUGAAAACCCACUAAUGAUGUAUUUCAUAUUCCAUGCCUGUUAAUGUUGUUCUUCUUCCUCAUUUUUUCCCAAAAUACAUUUGAUGCUCCAUUAAUUUAGAGAACUGCCUUGUGUCUGAAAUUUCAUGGUUGGGUACAAA